AUGUGGAAAAAGAGUUUUCUCAUGUUCCUUUUCUCUCUUUCAGUUCAGAAGGCUGCACUGGAUUGUGAAAGAAUGAGAAAAACAAAUGAAUUCCCUUCUCCAAAUUUGAACUCACAAACGGAUGCAGUCAUGAGGGGUCAGAAUGUAUCUCUAUCUUGUUUCAACCAGAACAAAUCACUGCAGAUCACCUAUUUUUUGUUUCGGGGUGAGAAAUGCCUGAGCAUCCAGAAUGGACCCAUGACUUUUAACUUAACAAUCUCAGAAGCCCGUGACUUGGGCCCCUACAAAUGCAAAGCCCAAGUUUCUAACUGUUCAAAAUACAGUCAUGAGUUCAACUUCACAUUUGUCGAUCCAGUGACUGCACCAGUGCUGAACAUCAGUGUUGUUCAAACAAAAUCAGACAGAUACAUAAUGCUACGCUGCAUCUCAUUCAACGGCUCUCUGCCCAUCAAUUAUACUUUCUUUGAAAAUAACACGGCCAUAUCACCAGCUAUCUCCAAGAAUGUAAGGGAGCCUGCUGAAUUUAACUUAACCAAGAAUAACACUGGAGAAGCGAAAGAGUAUAGGUGUGAAGCUAAAAACAGAUUGCCUGACCAUGCAAAAUACAGUCAACUCAUCACCAUACCCUCAACAGGAGGAGAGAGCUGUCCUUUCUGCCUGCAGCUACUGCUUCUGGGGUUUCUGCUUCUGGUGCUAAUAAUAAUAAUCCUAAUUCUGGCAUUGUGGAUGCUACCAAAGUACAAAGCAAGAAAAGCUAUGAAAGAUAAUGCACCCAGAGUCUAUGGAAGUACACCCAUGGAAGAUGGAAUAUAUGCAAGUAUCUGUAAAAAUCAAGCAGGGACUGAAUACUCUCAGGAGAUACAUUAUGCCACCCCGAUGUUCCAGGAGGUGGCACCGAGAGAUCAGGAAACCUGUAAUGAUUGUAAAACUGGAUAUGUCUAUUCUGAACUCAUCUUCUGA